AGGUGAUAGCAGGAAACUCAUCGCCUGGUCGCUGUGGGGCAGAGGGGAUCAGCCGAGUCAUUUCGUCACUAUCUCUGCUUCCUCACCUGUCAGGAAAAAGAAAUAGAGGGGAUGGGGCGUGUAGGUUCUCUGAGGUCAGAGGAAGAUGCUGAGAGUCCACUCGUCUUCUCUCUGCAAAAGGGCCCACCGCUGCUCGCAGACAUCUGGCCUCACACUGAUCACUCAUAUCCACGGGCAGGGAGGAGGAGGAGGAGGAGCACUUCUAUCUUUGAGCUGCAGAAAAAUCACACAUCUUCUCCCUAUAUUUGUCUUCCUCACAUCUCAGUUUUUUUCUCCUUCCACCCCUUCAUCUUUCUCUCAUCUCAAUCUUGCUUUUAAUCCAGUUUUUUUUUUUUACUUUUUCUGUCUUUUGGAUUUUAAGACAAGAGAGGGAAGAAAAAUUAAAAUUGUGGAUAAGAGGACGAUAAAAGCAGUCUGGUUCUGACUUUAUCCUUGCACUUAAAAAGAAGAUAAGAUAGUUGUGGCUGUGCUGUGUCUAGCAAGCCUGUGCACGGUGGGAAGAGGGCCAGCUUCCCUGCCUGAGCUCUCAGCGCCCCUACUGGCUGCACACUGUGCCAAUCAAAGGCUGGUGGGAGGGGAGCUGCGAGACAUGAACGCUGAUGUCACAGUCACGUGGAUUCUGGUGUGGUCAUGCUCGGAGGCUGAGAGACAGAGCUGUGCUGGCCAGCUGCUGCUGAGACAGCAGUGGAAGGCUUUGCGUGGGUGAUAGUUCUCCUCUUAUGGACUCGAAGCUUAAUGAUGUAUUUUGUGAUUUCAGCUAUGAAAGCUCAAAUCGAAAUAAUUCCCUGCAAGAUCUGUGGAGACAAAUCAUCAGGCAUCCAUUACGGAGUGAUAACAUGUGAAGGCUGUAAGGGCUUCUUCAGGAGGAGUCAGCAGAGCAAUGCAGCUUACUCGUGCCCCCGUCAGAAAAACUGCUUGAUCGACCGCACCAGCCGCAACCGCUGCCAGCACUGCAGGCUGCAGAAGUGCCUGGCAGUGGGAAUGUCACGAGACGCGGUGAAGUUUGGCCGCAUGUCAAAGAAGCAGCGGGACAGCCUGUACGCUGAGGUCCAGAAGCACCGGCUGCAGCAGCAGCAGCGCGACCACCAGCAGCAGCCCGGAGAAGCCGAGCCGCUCACACCCAGCUACGGCCUCUCGGCCAACGGCCUCACAGAGCUCCACGAUGACCUCAGCGGCUACAUGGACGGCCACACACCUGAUGGCAGCAAACCAGACUCGGCGGUCAGCAGCUUCUACCUGGACAUCCAGCCGUCUCCAGAUCAGUCGGGCUUGGACAUCAACGGCAUCAAGCCGGAGCCCAUCUGCGACUUUGCCCCCGGCUCUGGCUUCUUCCCGUACUGCUCCUUCACCAACGGCGAGACCUCCCCGACCGUUUCCAUGGCGGAACUCGAGCACCUGGCCCAGAACAUCUCCAAGUCGCACAUGGAGACGUGUCAGUACCUGAGGGAGGAGCUGCAGCAGAUGACCUGGCAGGCCUUCCUUCAAGAGGAGGUGGAGAACUACCAGAGCAAGCCCCGGGAAGUCAUGUGGCAGCUGUGUGCUAUCAAAAUAACAGAGGCCAUUCAGUAUGUGGUGGAGUUUGCCAAGCGCAUCGACGGCUUCAUGGAGCUGUGUCAGAACGAUCAGAUAGUGCUGCUGAAAGCAGGCUCUCUGGAAGUUGUGUUUGUCAGAAUGUGCCGUGCCUUUGACUCGCAAAACAACACAGUCUACUUUGAUGGGAAAUAUGCCGGACCUGACGUGUUCAAAUCAUUAGGCUGUGACGACUUGAUCAGCUCCGUCUUCGAGUUUGGGAAAAACUUGUGUUCUAUGCACCUGUCUGAGGAUGAGAUCGCCCUGUUCUCUGCCUUUGUGUUGAUGUCUGCUGACCGAUCCUGGCUCCAGGAGAAGGUAAAAGUGGAGAAACUCCAGCAGAAGAUCCAGCUGGCCCUUCAGCACGUUUUGCAAAAGAAUCACAGAGAGGAUGGUAUACUUACUAAGUUGAUAUGCAAAGUGUCGACACUGCGAGCGCUGUGCAGUAGGCAUACAGAGAAGCUCACGGCUUUCAAAGCAAUAUACCCAGACAUUGUGCGUGCCCACUUCCCCCCCUUAUAUAAGGAGCUGUUUGGAUCAGACUUUGAGCAGUCCAUGCCCGCCGAUGGGUAGCACAUCCCUGCCAGGUGCUAGUGUACCCGCCGUGGGAGGAGGUGGGGGAGAAGGAGGAAGAGGAGGAGGAGAAUGGGAGGGGGUGAUGUGGAGGAGGAAUCUGAGACACUUUAUUGGUGCCCUGCACAAACCAGAGUGGACUGACGGCACGCUGUUCAACUUUUUCUUUCAACAUUGGAGGGGGAAAGGCAUUAGGGAGCUGAUUGUCAAGGUUUACUUUGUUUAGUUCUCAACGGGGUCCCAACACCCAACGGGGUCCCAACACCCAACGGGGUCCCAACACCCAACGAGGACUCAACAGGGACUGUACGCCCAGCGACGACCCAACACCCAACAGUCACAUGAAGAGGAGAAAGGAAAAAGUAACUUCUGAGUGGCUGAACUUGACCAUCUUCCGCACUUUUACAAACUAUUUUUCACCAGUAUUCAUUCCCUCUAUCAUGAAUUAUCAGUGGAUGUAAAAGAUUAUAAAGCAAUUUUACAAAUAAGAUCACCACGUCAGUAUUAUUGAUCAGAUUGUACUUCUUAAACGGUUUUAGUGGUUUCAUGAACAAAUCUGUCAUCUUCAUAUCAUUUAAUGCUAAAACUGGAAUACAAAAAACCAACCAGUGCUCACAUGAUGGUCAAGUUCAGCCAUCUUCCCCUCUCUCUUUUUUGUGUUUGGUUCUAUCUUCGUUUCUGGGACACGGUCUUUGGAAAGAAAACUCACAGCAACUUUGCGGGAAGUUCCACUGUUAUGGUGACAUCCGGCGCUUCUCUAUGGACAAUCGCUUAAAAGAAGAAAACAAACAAAAAAAAAAGAAGAAACCUAGAAUUCUGGUAAUUCUAAUGAAAACCACAAUGAUUUUAGUUGUCAAAGACUCCAUCCACCAUUGUUGCAUAGUGAAAAAUCAUGUAAGGCCAUCUGCUAUUAAUCCUUCUCUGGACAGGUGCCCUGAUAAAGCACAGAAAAGGGUCCAUUCCACCUGUUUUAUAAUGUACUACAGGGUAUAUGGUCAUAAGUACUUACUAUACAGAAAAAAGUAAUGUUUAUAGAAUCUAUUUUAAAUAACAUGUAUGAUAUUAGUAGUUAGACCAUUCUUAAUUGUUGAAUUGAUAAGGCACUUUUAUUUACACCUUUUUUUAUUUAAGACUUGUAUAUUUAUCUAGUGAUGUGUUGCAUGUGCACAAGAAAUACAAGCUGAAUCAUGGUCACAGAGGUGGAGAGCUGCAGAUGAUAUUUGUCUGGAAGUGUUCAGGAUGUCUGUUAGGAUUGCUGGCAGGCCUGCUGGAAUCUGAUCAAACAAAACAAAAAAGGCAUGGAUGAGAAGGCGAGGAAGAGACGCUCCUUCAUCGGUUUCCACAACAACUGCCAGUGUCGCCUUUAUUUAGAAAAAAAGAUGUUCUGUCCUCUUUUAAGAGAGCGUGCACACACACAUUUACCGCCCAUCAGCCCUGGAUUAUUUUAGCAUUUCUCUGAACACACAUCUUUUUAUCUUUCUUUUCUGCACCCAGUAUCACAGCAAUUUCCUAAUGUUGUGAUUUCUCGCUGAUAUGGCAAUAAAACCCUUCUGAUUCUGAUAUAAAUAUAAACAUAGGUUGGUUGACUGAAUUGAUGCCUACAAAAAUCUGCUAAAUCGCCAUGAGAUUAAACACUUUCAGCUUGUAAUCCAACUCUUCCACCUAGUGGGCGUUAAAGAUGCAACAAGCAAAUGUGGCAGAGGUCCAAAGUCAACCCUAAAAGCAAAGAUAUGACCUUUUGUCUGGUGUCCUUUCUGCCUUCUCAUCGCCUGAGCCCAGCAGCGCCGGAACAGAUGAAACCCACGAAGGGAACGUGAAUAUUCAAAGCCUUGUCUGGUAGCAAAGCUUCUAUUUUUGUAACUUGUUUUGGUUAAUAAACUCACGAAAGAGAACGAGGGAGAGAAAAAAAGAUGUCAGGUAGCACUUAACUGUAUCCCUGCAAUAAUUAGACUAGUUUAGGAUAAUGGGGAGAGGCAUAAAACGGUAGGACAAGUGCUAUUUUCAGAAUGCUUUGUUGUUGUGCUUCUGUUUUGUUGAGUGUGUCUUUUCUUGUCAGUGUGGUAGUGAAGUGGUUUAAAAGAAAAAAGAAAAAACAAAGACCCUGGAUGUGCCAAACAGUAGUCGUUGCUUCCAGUCUACUCGUUUUUAAUGUAGAAUGGAUUCCUGAGACAUUCCAGCAAUCUGAGUCGCGGCUUCUAGAAAUAUCUUUUUAAAAAAGAGCAAAAAAAUGAAAAGAAGAAAAAGUGAUAUCCCUUUAGAAACCCAGCAAAGCAUGUUAAUGCGUCUUGUCACCGACUGUAACAUAAAAUCAAGUUUGUUUUUAUCCUUUUUUUUUUCUUUCUGUUUGCACACUAUCAUUCCUCUGCCGUGCAAUUUGCACAGGACAUUAAUGCCUUGUGCUGUCACCCCUCAGGGAAGAGUUUUAUUUUUAUUUUUUUCUGUUUGAGAGGACGUUUGUGUUCAUCGUGUUUUUUUUUUUUUUUUUUUUUUUUUGCUAUCUUAUUUCAGGGAUGAUCUUUGGAAAAGUAGUUGAAAUUAAGAUUUCAGCUUUUAUUUUUAUUUCCCAUGUCCGUGCGGGGGCCUCAUCCAUGUUUGAAGAAAAUUAAUUCCUUUUACAAGCUGUAGAAUUUUCACUGCAAAAAAAAAAAGCUGUUUGAUUUAAAAUGGUGUCAUCAGGGUUUUGUACUAAUUAUUACCCUCUUUGUUAGAAAACCAAAUAUUCUUAUGCAAUACUGAAUUUGUUGCGUUUGGGUUACUGUAGAUCUGCUGUAUCUGUUAGGAUCCAAUGCUCUUUUGGAUAUGCACAAGCCCUCUGCGACUAGUUAACCUCAAUCUCAGAGCAAACAAGCCCAGUCUGGAGCACUGCUAGACAAUCCAGGUUUAAGAGCAGCAAAUAAUAGAUGAUGAGGCGUGAACGCUCAGGGAGGUAACAAGUUGGACGAAAAUGCAGCUCGGAGCAGAAAACAUAGUUAAAGGGAUCAUUUGGAUGAUUUAAUGUGUGUGUCUUGUACCCCGUUGUGGCUAGCUGUUAGCUCGUCUGUCCAGUCAGAGCUAAUCCAGCCAGCAUACAUAGGUGGGCCCCUCAUGUGGGCAUACAUUGUGGGUCCCUACAGGUUUUGUCAACGGGCCCUACGUGGGUUUUCAUAGGGACUUGGCAAACCCUUAAACCACAGAAGAAACCAGUUAGGACCAUAACGCACGUCCGUAGGGAGCCUAAGUCUCCUCCCUUUCCGGUCGGCUCAUGGGUCCCCGGAACAACAAAAAUAUGAAUGCAACUGGCUAUAAAAGCUAUUUUCUAAUCUGCUUUGCCUUAUGCCCUGAAUCGUACAUGCGUUGUGCUUCCAUGUAAAUGAAAAGAAAUAAUGUGAGUUUCAACUAUGUCUGUCACAUACUUUAAGAUUUGUUAGCUUUUAAAAAUGCGUAAAUAAUAGGACUACAAAUCAGACGUUGCAGCAUAUCACUUACUUAUCACAUGGCCAGACUGUUUGCUUUGGUUUUCCCCACGUUUAAUGCUCCUUCUGUCAUCCUUGGAGAAAGAUGCGAAAGUCACUAAACUCACUGCCAUUUUCUUCUCCAUCCAUGUUGAAAAAACCAGCCUGCUGGAUUCUGGCUUGGAUGCUGGUGGUUCAGCAUGGGAUGCUGGUCCAACAAAACACAACAUGUGCUGGUCUAUGCUGGGUUUUUUUCAGCAGGGGUGUCUAUUUUGAUGACUUCAAUAUGGUGAGACAAACAUUUGUAGUCCUACGCGUCUUUUUACACCAAAACUAAAAUAACUUUUGCUGCCGUUUGAAAAUAAGCGAUUUCUUGGCAUCGAAUCCACAUACAUCAUAUGUGAUAUCCAUGACCCAGAACAAACGAGAUUAGAAAAUAUCUUUUAUUGUGUCAUUGACUUGCAUAAAUUUUUCUUUUUUUUCUGGGAAAACAACCCUAACCCUACAUGUUCCAUAUGGGGCCCACCUACGUAUGCUGGCUGGUACCUAGAAAAGACACUUUUGAAAUUUGGCUGAUUAUUUUUGAAACUGUUUUGCAAUACCUGAAAGUUAUUUGACAACUAAUGUGACCAGCUCAAUUCUGCCACCGAAAGGUCAAAGGUUAGUCCUGAUUUCACUCGAGUUUGACUCGAGGGAGUGACUUGUCACGCGUUCUGCAAAAUAUUCCAAGCAAUAUGCCUUGCAUUACAACUACGGGUCUCUACAUGACAGUUAAUUGACUUUGUCCAUCCAGUCUGUUUACACGGUUUAGGACAACAAGCCCCUUCAGUCUUCACAUGCUUGCUUUAGAGACUGGAGACCAGAAAACAGACAUCCAACACACGAGUACUUGUAUCUAGUUAUUAAUUACACCUGAAUGGUUAUUAUUAUUUUACUUUAUAUACGUCUAUAAAUAUAUUCUUAUUUGAGAAAUCCCAGUUGAAUUAAUUGAUGCUACAUGUGCUAUUCAAUCAGUGUUUAGUAUCCAGUAAAAUGUGCUGUUCUUUGUCUCUACUAUGUUGUCUUUUUGUAAAAAAAAAAAAAAAGGAAGGAAAAAAGCAAUAGUGUGUGUGCGUGCGAGUGUGUGUAUGCUUGUUUUUCACUGUGUGAAUUUAAAAAAAACCCAGACAAGGCUUUAAUAAUUACAGAGGGACAGGGUUAAGUGAACGAAGAGGUUCUGAUUUUAUUUUUGGACUUUUUAUUGGAGAGUUUUGAAAAGAUGAGGAUGUUUUGAUAAGGCCGAGCUUGAUCCAUCUCAAAUAAGUAGGUUUUUUUUCUUCUUUUCGUUUUAUCUAUUUAUUUUUUAAAUGCCUUUAGCAAUUCAGCAGUCUGCAGACGUUAAACGUGUUUUACUAUCAGUCGGGUCAGAAUAGAUCCUGCACUCGAGCCCUUCUGGAGUCCAGACUGUAAAUUGUUAAUCAGGUGUUAUAUUACAGCCCUAAUUACAAACCCGUCACUGCAUCGUAUUAUCGCUUUUUUUCCUCCAAAGCACAAGUGAUAAGAAUUUAUGAUUAAGUAAAAUUAACAAUAUAGUUUAAAAAAAAUAAAAUAAACGAACAAGCAACUUUUAGCCAUAAUUGAAUGUCAAGCAAUAAUAUAUGUUCGUGUAUUUUUCUGUCUAUAAAAGGUUUGCAUGUAAAUACACCUCUUAUUUAUCACUGUUUGGGUUUAUUUGUGUUCAUUUUGUAGAUUUUUUUUGUUAUUCUUUUGUUUCAUCUGUAUAUUUGACCAGUUCUGUUCCCAGGUAGAGAACUUGACACGGCCCGUACGCCGUAAAUAUUCAUUUCUCGCUCGCUCUCUCCCUCAUUCUCGGAUGUUUAUUCACCAUAUUUAAUAAUAUUAUUGAUCACGUGUAUAAAGGUAGCUUUGUAACUCCUGUCUGUAUAGGUAAGAGGAAAAUACUGCUACUUUAAGGCCUACCCGGUGGAAAAUAUUUAUCUGUUUAUGAAUUGCAUCCUAUUGUACGAUGAAACGUUCUAUUUGCUUCCCUCCUUUAGCAUUAGUUGGAUAGAAAUAGGGGUGUGCUUAUAUUUAAUUUUGUGUUGCCCUAUACUGUGUGGUGCUAGGUAAGUUAAUUCAUUUUGUGAACAAAGUAUUGAUUCCCUAAGCCUGGCCGCCCCAUUAGUUCAAUAAUUUAAAAGCCUAAUGAUGUAUUAUUGAUAUUAGGACUCAACAAAGGAUAAUGAUAAAUAAAAUGAUAGUGAUUUUAAAAAGAUUUUACCCUAACUAGUACCUGUAUCAGUGUGCUAGCUUUGGGAUAAGGCACUUAUUUCCUUAUAGCAAGACUAGAAUCUGCUCAUUAAUGAGCUGUUUAAGGUUGCUUUUCUGGUUUGUGGAAACAUUUUCAAACUGAAACAGCAGUAUUUUUUUUGUCUGAUUGUAGAAAUGAAAACCACUCGAUGAGUUUGUUAAGUUUGAACUGUUUACGUCCCGUUUCUGCGUUAUUCGUCACUUGAUGCAGGGAAGCAGUGUUUUGAUUUCUGCACAAACAGCCCUGUAUGCUUUUGUUGUUUCCACCAGUUUUUCUACAGAUCAGUGUCAAAACUCACCCCCUUUUCCUUGUUUUUGCACCACAUGAAGCGUUGAAAAUGUCCAUGAAAAAGAUUGCCAUUCAAAGACAAAGUUGACCCUACUCUGUAGCAAAUAUCCAUCAGAUUAUGCUCGCAAUAAUACGCAACGUUUUCACACUGAGUGCCUCUCGGUGUAACAAAAUGCAUACAUGGGAUUGAUUGUCUCUCUUUGUGUUUUUUUUUUCAAACCUGAACUGAAGUGACUGUAUUUUGUACAUGAGGACGACUUCUUCCUUCACAUGCUUAAAAAUGUUCUUUUUCUCCCUCUGUUGUUGAAUGUUUUAACCCGAUUCUGUUAAAAGUGUAUAUUUCAGUGUCACACCCCUCAAAAAGUGGAACACUUGUUUCCUGUUAAUUUCAAAUGGUCAAUAAACGCUGGCGGAGAAAUAUUCCUGAACAUUUCUUUUAGCAACAACACCAAACCAGCAUUUCUACGUUCUCCAUUUACAUUUGAAACCUGCUCUUUUUUUAUUUUCACUGCAAACAGAAGAUUUGUUGAUGCAUUGUAUAUUAGGUAUUUGUACGUGUUUGUGAAACCAGCGUGCAGCACAUCUGGAUUUCUUUUAAUGUUUCGUGUUAAUGUGCCCCGAGUCUGUAGGGAAUAACUCCACGGGAAGGGGGAUGGAGCAGGGAUGAAAAAAAAAAAAAUACGGAAGAGCCCAAACUUAGAGUGUGGUCGGCACAGGUUUCUACGUCACACGUUUGCUACUGAUGUUAAAUGGGGACAGUUGAUCAUGUACCUUUUUAAUCCAGCUCUUUUGAACUCUCUUUAGCAGGUAGUCUUAUUCACAAAUGUAGUUUUGCUCCUUCUUGUCUGAUUCUUAAAUAUGAAAAUAGGUAUUUUGAUUCAUUUUGUAAAUACGACUGUAAAGAAAAAUAAGAAAUUUAAUGUUGUCUUUUAAAUACUUUUCAUUCUAAUAUGAAUGUUGUUAUAUUGUACUUAGAAACUGUACCUUUAAUAUUACCUUUAUUAAAAGUGCAUUGGACACAUCGAUUUUAGAUGUGCUUUAUGUGCUGUUAUCCCAUAAUAAAAAUUUACCGCUUGUA